CUCCUCGGUGCGAGUCAGUGCGAGUCGCAGCGCCAUCCGACGACCAUGCUGACGAAGGCCGCGUCCGCGCCGCUCGCCGUCGCCGCGGCCGGUCGCGUCCUCCGCGAGCCCUGCGCCCGGUGCGUCCGUCGGCUCUCCAAUGCGCUCGGCAAGCGCAUCACCCGCGAGGCCAUGCGAGACAAGUAUCGAAAGACCCUGGGCAAGUGUAAAUCGAAGAAACUGCCCCAGGAUGUGAACCCCAGGGGAGUGUUCGCGUGCAACGAGCUCGAUCUUAAAGAAGUCCAGGUGUACGGCUUCGAUUAUGACUACACCCUGGCCUGCUACAAGCCCGCCAUGGACUACUUGCUGUACAACCUAGGACGCGACAUGCUUAUUAGGAAAUAUAAGUAUCCCGAGGAAAUCGCCGAUCUAGAGUACAGGGACAACUUCGCGGUGCGCGGUCUGCACUACGAUAUUGAGAAGGGUUUACUCCUUAAACUGGACGGUUUUCUGCAGAUACAAUUGGGCACGGUUUAUCGAGGUCUACAGCCCGUUCCCGAUGAAGAGGUCUUAAGGCUUUAUAAAAAUAGGAUAAUUCCAAUCGCGUAUGUGGAGGCACCACACAAGCACACGCACAAGGAUGGGAUGCAACGGACGAAGAUGGUGCAACUGGCCGACCUCUUCUCGGUUCCUGAAAUGGGAUUGCUCUGUAACGUCACGGAGUACUUUGUCAGGAAUCAUAUUGACUAUCACCCAGAGAUACUCUUCAGGGACGUGAAGAAUUCCGUGAAGAUGUGCCAUCCGGUGAUGCAUCAGAAUGUCGCAGAAAACGUGUCCGAGUAUUUAGAGCAGAAUCUGAGUCUCAGAACAUUUUUCGAUCGUCUGAAGGAUGCCAAGAAGCAGAUGUUCCUGGUGACGAAUAGCCCAUACCCCUUUGUGGACAAGGGUAUGAGGUUCCUUCUAGGUGACGACUGGAAAGCCUACUUCGAUGUGGUGAUCGUCCAGGCCAGGAAGCCAAGAUUCUUCACGGAGGAGUCUCGACCUCUCCGGAUUUACGACGAGGUCAACCAAACACAAUUAUGGGAUCGCGUGACGAAGCUGGAAAAAGGUGUCGUGUAUCUCGAAGGCACCGUGAAACAAUUACAAGACAUGACCGGGUGGCGGGGUCAUCAAGUACUGUACUUCGGUGACCAUCCUUACAGCGAUUUAGCUGACGUUACUCUAGAGCAUGGAUGGAGGACCGGAGCAAUUAUUAAAGAACUUACUCACGAAAUCGAAACGUUAAACGAUCCUAAGUUCAAAGAGAACGCGAACUGGCUGCAAAUGUUAACUGGACUUAUCGAGGACAAUCAAGAUUACGAGGGAGAGGAAGCUCAGGCCCAGCUGGCCGAAUGGAUGAAGGAAAGAGACGAGCUGAGGGACGCGAUUAAAAGGGUCUUCAACAAACAAUUCGGCUCGGUUUUCAGAACGUAUCACAAUCCGACGUACUUCUCCCGCAGACUCUUCAGAUUCGCCGACAUUUACAUGUCGUCGAUCACCAAUCUCCUCGGCUACUCGACUACUCAUACCUUCUACCCCAGAAGAGGCGUAAUGCCGCACGAGUACAUCAGUUACUUCAUGUAAAGGUCGAGGUCUCCAAGUAUCCACAAGUAUCUGUCGAAGCUCAGAGUCAAGCUCUGAGAAAGCUCUGCAAUGCUAGUUUCUCCUACAACAAAAUUCUAGGUUAUGUUCCGAGUGGUUUCCGGUUCUUCCAUUUUCCCAAUAACCACGAAGAGUUCAUCCCAUUGACAAUAUCGUUGGAAUUAAAAGCAGCUUCAUAUGAAGACUCGAGAAGCUUAUUAUCAGGAUUUGUCAUCGGGUUGCAAUCUGUCAUAUCGUGCACUUCCCAAUAUUCGACCUUCUACACGUAUAAGAACAUUCUUCUAUUUUAGAACAUAUCCCGCAAGAGUGUUCAAUCAGCAAAGAGAAGCCAGAGAGCCACGUGGUUCUUACAUAGUUGCUAUAUAUUUUAUCAGAGAGUAACGAGAUCUAGACAUAUGCAAUUUAACCGUUAACUGUAAUUAUGUGAACACAUCGUAUAAGAGAACAGAGUGCCAUAAAGCGUAGUAUUUAGGCAAAGUGAAUUUUCGAAGCGACUUAGGUCAGUCAAAAUUAAACCAGUUCGCUAGGUAGCGUAGAAAGUCUUGUAAGUGCAAAAGGAACCGAAGCUUCGGUGUUAUCCUUCACUAUACCAAGAGAUCUGAAUUUUUUGCCUUUCGCCUUGUAAACUCCUGACAGGCUUCCAAGACGCGAUGUUUAUCCUAGACAAUAUAAGUAUUAGAUGUUCCUAGAAAUAUGUGAUCGAGUUGAAACUUAGAACUUUAUCGAUGAAUCAUGGACGUAGCCAACGUAAGAGUACUGGAGAUUUUUUCGCUUUAUAGACUUAGGAAUCUAUCGUAAACGUUAAUACAAUGUGCCAGAUUUUGCUGCAACGAAAACUGUUAUAUAUCCGAGAGUAUUGCAUAUUUAUCGAUGGAGAUGAACAUCAUAUGAAUGUAAAUCAUUAUUUUUACUAAUGUUGUACGUCGCCUGUGCUGGCUUAUCAUGUAAAAAAAUUGUUAACCCUCCGAAUUCGAUUUACAUAGAAUUUUAUUCGUAUAUCUCAUUCGACAUGUGGUAUUUAAUUAUCUUUACACGUGGCUUAGUUAUUUUACAAAAUUCACUCCUGCGUUUUUACUCUUUCAGUAAACAUGCCGAAUGAUAUUUAGAUUGAAAUAAAUAUACACUUACACAAUG